AUUGUCAUACGCAAUAGGAAAGCAAACGUACGACCUUAAAACCAUUCAAACAAUUCUGCGCUCGCGCAGUACGUAAGUGACUACGAUCACGGAUUGUCGUCAGUAGUCGGCAUCGAUCAUGUGGAAGACUUGCAAGUCGCGGCGGUGGUGUUUGGUGGGCAGCGUGUUGGCGGCGCUGGUCGCGGGCGCGCUGGUGGCCGUGCUGGUGCUGCAGCCGUGGGCCGGCCCCAACCACCUGCGCUUCCCGCGCGCUACCGUCGCCGCCAAUGGCUACGAAUGUGCUUCAGUUGGCCGUAAAAUCCUGGAACGAAAUGGUACUGCCGUGGAUGCAGCGAUAGCCACACUAUUCUGUGAGGGGAUCGCGUGCGCGCAAUGCAUGGGACUCGGCGGGGGCUUCCUGGCCACGGUGUACGAUGCGUCGAGCAGAACGGUGCGCGUGCUCAAUGCCCGCGAGAGGGCUCCAGCCGCCGCACACGAGAACAUGUACGCCAACGCAUCCUCCACCGUCGGCGGGCUCGCUAUCGCCGUGCCAGGCGAGCUCGUCGGCUAUGGCGCUCUCCAUCAGGAAUAUGGACGCCUCCCGUGGCGCGAGCUGGUGGAACCCACGGCCGAGUUGUGCCGCCGCGGCCAUCGCGUCAACGCCUACAUGGCGCGCGUCCUCAGAACAUACAGCGACAGAAUCAAGGCCGAGCCUUCUAUGCGGGAGGUGUACGUGAACGGGGUGACUGGGGAGGUUUGGAACGAGGGCGAUCUUAUCUUCGAACCAACGUUGGCCAAAACUCUGGACAUCAUCGCCGAGGAGGGCCCACAGGCGAUACACAACGGUUCCCUAACUGCGCGGCUCGUACGCGAUAUUCGGAGCUUCGGUGGCAUCAUUACAGAAGAAGACCUCAGGAAUUACAGGGUGGAAUGGCAAGAGCCCAUCGCCGUGCCGCUAACAGAGGAGUACACGCUCUACUCGGUUCCCCUACCAGGGUCAGGCUCAGUUCUGGCGUUCAUGUUGAAUAUGUUACGCGACUGGGUCGGCGACGGUACCCCUGCUCCUCCCGGCUCCAACCUGUACUGGCAUCGCGUCGUCGAAACCUUCAAAUACGCGUACGCAAAGCGAACCGGCCUCGGAGACCCUUCACGCUCUAACCUACCUUAUGAUAUUCGUGAUUUGGAACGCAAUCUCUCAAACCCCGCAUGGGCGAGAACAUUCCGGGAACUAGUCAACGAUUCGAGGACGUAUUCUGAUUGGCAACACUACGGGGCUCUGUUCGAAGGAGCGGAUGACCACGGCACUGCUCACAUCGUCGUGGUCGCUCCAGACGGCAGCGUCGUGUCCGCCACCAGCACCAUAAAUUAUAUUUGGGGCAGUCAGCGACGCUCACGGAGCUUAGGCAUCAUGUUGAAUAACGAGAUGGAUGACUUCGCGAUUCCCAACACGGAGUCAGCAUACGGUCUACCGCCUUCUCCUGCCAAUAUGUUGACUCCUGGUCUACAGCCUUUGAGCUCUAUGGUCCCGAGUAUUGUCAUGUCAAGGAGUGGAAGCGUCGACUUGGUCCUUGGAGCCGCCGGCGGUACUAAGAUCACAACGCAAGUUGCAUUGAUGGCUCGGCAUACAAUAUUAGAAGGCAGCGACCUUCCAGACGCUGUGCAGAGACCGCGCCUUCAUCAUCAGCUCUUGCCUAUGGAAGUGCAGCACGAGGCCGACUUCAACCCGGCAAUCAUCGCAUCUCUACAAGCUAAAGGGCAUGCGACCACGGAACUUGGACCAACGGCUGGAUUCGCUGCAAUGGUGGCAGCAGCCAGAGAUUCCUACGGCUACUUGAUACCACAGACUGAUCACAGACGACCCGGUAGCAUCGAUGGAUUCUAAAUUUAAAAUAGGCUUAGUCAUUGACUGAUAAAAUAGUAUCUACUCUUGCAAACAGAUCUUGUAAACAUACUCUUUUAUUUAUUUAAACGGAGAAGUAAUGAACUGGAACCUUCAUCACAUUGGAUCACAAUAGUUUUCAUCCUUCACUGCAAAUAACGCAAAUAUGUUAGUGUACGUAGGUAUCUACUAUUUAUUGGCUUCAAUACCAUUAAACAACAUGAUUUUUAAAACGUCUAAGUAGAUAAGCUCUCCUGUUAAAUACAUAAAAAAAAAUCAAAUAACUUAUAACUUAGGUACCUACCUUACGAUCUUCUUUUCCAAUAGUUUCAUUUUCUGUAAAUUCAUUGGAUAAUUAUAAUCCAAGUGAAAUCGAUUGUGAUAUUAUUAUUUUAUAAAGGUGGAUAUUUCUGGUUGUAAGUAUUAUAUCGUUAUAGAAUUUAAUUAAGUUGCUGUGAUGUUUAAUAUAUUGUUAUUCGUGAAAUAAAUGGUUUUGAUGGUAGGUA